AUGACUGAGGUCAUGAUGCCCGGUGCCCUCCCCCCGAAGGAGCCUCCAAACCCGGGGGAUGGUGAUCGUGUUGACCUCCCCUUGGGCGAGGAGGAUGAGGGGCAGGCCGAAGAGGCCCGGAUGCAGGACUUUGAGGCUGGACAAGCCCACCAGGCGCCAGAGCGCCGUCGUCGCCAGUCCCAGCGAGAUAAGCGCCGACACCGACAGGCACUGGAGGAGCAGCAUUUCGAGGCAAUGACCCAGGAAGCUGUAAGUCUUCUACUUUCAUUCAACUUUCUCCUUGUGGCCGUCUUCGCGAAUCUUUGUUCCAUCCAGCGAUGA